CAUGUCGGACAAAAUUAGUCCUUAUCAGUGGAGUACUGAAUCAGAUGAACCGACACAAUUUGAGGCUGGGUGUACGUCAUUUUCUAACGAUGAACCGGUUAUGUCAGAUCUUGUUACAGUUGACAUAACUCAACUGUCCCACGAUACAUUGUGCUGUGAUGAAGAAUCCGGCAAUGGCGAAAUGCGUGAGUCCCUCGUUGCCACUUGUUCAUAUGAUGCCGAGCAGUUAAACUUGGAUCGUGCUACGGAACGGCCGACCGCAGCACCAGAGAUUUAGAGGGCCGCACCAUCACUUCUUCAAAUACAAUCGACAUAUUAUCAAAUGUGUCAUCUCGUAGCGCCAAAACUCGUGGCCAAGGAAUGCGGUAUACUAUGCUGGAAAAAGAUCUUUUUACAUAUAGAUUCAUACAAGGAGGCAAGGAACUCUACGAGUUCGAUCGAGCAAACACUCCUUCACCGCACAUUCGGACAGUGCAACGUUAUUUAAGCAAAAGUGCUGAAUGUUCUACAGAGGGCAAGCUGAUGAUAAAAGAGCUGAAGGAAUAUAUGGAAAGAAACCGAUACCCACUUGCAAUAUGCUGGAGCGAAGAUGCGACCAGAAUUACCGGUGGCAUUGAAUAUAAUCUGAACGAAGACAAACUCUCUGGUCUGGUAGCACCAAUCGGCACAAAUGGAAUGUCCAUCAUGAACCUAUUUAAAUGUUCUUCGCCACGGAAAGUUUUAGCGGAUAUACAAGAUAACCCCAUCGGACGCAACGUUCAACUAUGCAUGGCUCAACCCAUUUGUAUGGACGCAGCUCCAUUUUGUAUACUUUACUACUGCACGAACAAUAAAUUUUCAACAACCGAUAUUCUAAACACGUGGAACUUUGUUCAAGCUGAAAUGGACAAAGAAGACAUUAAAGUUGUUUGCAUGGCAACUGAUGGUGAUAGCCGAUUCAUUGGAGCUAUUCUGAAAAAAAUGAAGCUACCGAAUCAUAACGACAAUCCCUUUGGUGCUUGGUUCGUAUCCAACACCAACAAUGACAGUCUAUGCGUUCAGGAUCCAACUCAUCUAGCGAAUAAAUUUCGGACGAGGCUUGUCAAUCAGACCAAGCAGUUGAUACUUGGUAUAAAAACUAAUUUCAAUUAGGAACUUGCAUAAUAAUCUGGACCACCUUAAAAUUUUCCAGGUCGGUUUCAAGUAUCGAAAAUACAUUUAGAAGAACUAGUGCGUGAUGUUUCGAAAGACCAACACGGCUUGGCCGAAGGAGACCUUAGUGACAAGGACAAGAUGAAAUUUCGACCAGUAGAAAAAAUUACAUCUGAACAAGUCAUGUCAAGCCUCGAUCAGCAUAUUCCUCUUUCCAACGGCACUGUGGCAUACCUGAAAAUUAUUUCAUGCAUUAUAUCCUCGUACAUGGAUCCAUCCUUAUCGCCGUCGCAACGAAUCUUUAACGUGUGGUGAGUGAUGGGCAUUAGUACGCCUACAUCAUACACAUAGAAUUAGAACUCACUUUUGUUAGAAACAAUAUUUCAACUGUAUCUUAAGGAACCACAACUUCGAAAGGAGACUUAGUAUUAUUGUUUAU